CCCGGCGCUUCCGCUUCCGCGCCCGCUCUGUUUACAGCGCUGCGUGAUGUUCUGAUGCGUCGCGUUCCCUUCCCGCCAUGGAGGAGCAGGAGAUGCAGCUCAAAGUAAAGCGAGUGACGGAUAAGUUCACCGAGAGCAUGUACGUUCUGGCCAACGAGCCGUCCGUGGCGCUCUACCGACUGCAGGAGCACGUGCGCAGGUCGCUGCCGGAGCUCGUGCAGCACAAAACGGACAUGCAGAGCUGGGAGGAGCAGAGCCAGGGGGCCAUUUACACGGUGGAGUACGCGUGCAGCGCAGUGAAAAGCAUGACCAACAGCAGCUUCUACUUCAAGAGCAUCGAGGGUCUUCUGCACCAGGCCAUCGGCACGAGGGACCGCAUCGGCGGAGGCCAGGGCCGCCGUGAUGUCACUUCCUCUCCCAGUCCCCUUGCCACUGCACCCCAGCCCCCUCGCACCUCCACCUCCUGAGCCCUGGAGAGCAGGCCAGGAAGCGAGGCGCCGACGCCGGCCGUCCGAAGGACGAUGGCGAACGGCAGAGUUCUGGGCUCUGAGCUGGCCUUAUCUCCCCGGUUCAGGAUGCUACGGGACAGAACAGCAUCACGCAGAUUAACCGGAGUUCCUCCCUUUUGGGGGGGGGGGGGGGUUUGCAUCUCUGAGGCAUUUUUUUCCUUUGCUCUUUGAACACAAGAUGAUGAGGCUUUUUGAAUCCACCUUGACCUCCAUGUUUGCCUGGGUAAAGCGCUGAGUCGACUAAGUGCUGCUCUGGUGCAGAUGAACAAAGUUUUAAAUGUAUUUUUUGUAGACUGUACCUUGUUUUUACACAAUUAAAUGUACGCCUGGGGUGGAAUCACAAAGAAGUGGCCAGUAAUUGUUUGCUUUUCAUUAAAUCUUUCCGAGCUGAGUGUGACUAGCCUGUAUAUGUCAAUGGUCACCGCUGUGUAACCGUUGUAUUAAAUAU